AUGAGAGUCAGUUACAUUUUCUCCCUCCUUUUCUUUCUGAUCAUUUAUAAAAACACGACCACUAAUGUUGUGCAAUGUGACGGCUACAGUGAUUUAGCGGCAACAAGCGCCUUGACAACCAUAGUCAAGGACCCAAUUAGUUUAACCAUCAAAGAUUUGUAUGAACAUGGUGUGAAGGAUCCAGUCACAAAACUUAUUCAUAAAAUCAAAAAAGUAGUGCGCUAUAGAAAAGUUUUGAGAUGGUCCAGAAUAUGGUGGGUACUACUCGUAAGAGAAAUUGUAGGAGAUAACGCCAUUGAGAAGAAAACUGAAAAGGCCCUACGAGAAAUCUGGGACCAGUGUACCAUUGCCGUGUACAACAACACCCUUUAUGCCAUCGAGUCCAAGCCACUCUUAUUCUUGCACGGUAUUCUGAACGAGUGCAAAAACAACUUCUCCACAAAAUUGAGACAAGACCCAGGUUUGAUUGUAGCCAAAAUAGACCAAAUAUUAAAGUCCCAAAUAUAUCGUUUCUGGGUGUCAGAGCCUUAUCUGAAAAUCGGAAAGUCGGGCAUGUUGUACACCAGAAUCAACUCCAACAAUGUACCUCCUCUACCCAAAGAAUGUACUUUGAAACACUUGUCAUCAUACAUGGAGGAGAAAUUAAAAUCUAUGGAGUCUAAGAAGAAUAUUGAAUCGGGAAAAUACGAAUUUGACGUGGAGUCAACAAAAAAUACGACGGAUGAUAGCCAUGCGGAUGAGGAAGAUGACAAUGAAGAUGAGGAGGAUGUCUUUGAGGAAUCCUUUCAAGAGAAAAAGAAGGAAGAAAAGAAAGAUUAA